UGCUACAUCAUCUUUCGACACACACACACACACAUAUGACAUAUAUAUAGGGGAAAUGCAUACGGUUAUGCGGACUCUGGUGAUGGUUGGGACUGUCUUAUGGCUUCUCUCACUCGCAUAUGCUUCUAAAGGGACUGCCACCUUCUAUAAUCCCCCUUAUGUUCCCUCUGCAUGUUAUGGAUACAAAGACAAUGGUGUGAAUGUAGCUGCGGUGACCAAUUUCUUUCGGGUCGACAAAAGGAGUUUUUUCUGUGGGAGCUUGAUUUGGGUGAAAUGCAUUGGGGGCACGAAUCUGCUUGCGCCAAAUCCAUGCACCUCUUCUAGCGUUUUAGUUAGAGUGGUUGAUAAUUGCCCAACAUGUCAAUCAACCAUCAAUCUUUCUAAACAUGCUUUCUCCACAAUUGCCGAUCCAAAUGCUGGGAAAAUCAAGAUCCUCAUGAAGUUUCAUGUGUUCGCUUAAAGUUCGGCUCGUUUAAUUAACGAUCGGGGAGGAAAAAUAACUAGGCUUUAUGUUUCACAGAUGAUGUCACCUGAUGAAACUACAUGUAUUUGAUGCAUUUCACUUUUACUCUUCAGCAAUAAAAAGACUAGUGUUGCUGCUCUUUGAUUUCAAAUCACUCUAUUGAGGUUACUCUUUUGUGCGGGAUUAAGAUCCAGUGCAAUAGGCAUGUUUUAUUAAAUUGCAAUAGGAAGGGAUACGCGAGUGUAUGAACAGGCUUCACCUGCUCCGCAGGUUGGCGAAUAUCCUGAGCAGGUGGGGCCUAUUUAGAACGCGAUGAAUUUAACCAUUUAAUUUAUAUUCUAA